GAUGGAUAUAGCAUGCCAUACAUCUGUUGCAGACAAUCACACCCCCAAAAUAGAAUCCACUCGGUAUCUACCGUUCCCGGCGGCAUUGCUGUUCCUUGAAAAUCUCAUCGGAAAAAGAGAGAGGGGGGGAGAGCUAGCUAUGGCUCUUAUUCAAACAUAUCUACAGCAAUAUCCCGCCGCCGCCACUGGUUUCACACAGUUUCUUCCUUCUCCAUCAUCGCAUUUUUCUGCUAGAAUUUCCAUCAAAUUCACCGUCUCAUGUUGCUCCAUGUCGUCGCCGGUGACAGUCGUUAAUGGAAACGUGGACGUGAAAUCCACAGAGAGGAAUGAGAUUAGAUUAGGUUUGCCGAGUAAAGGUCGAAUGGCCUCUGACACGCUUGAUCUUCUCAAAGAUUGUCAAUUAUCUGUGCGGCAACUUAAUCCUCGGCAAUACGUUGCAGACAUUCCUCAGCUUUCAAACGUAGAAGUCUGGUUUCAGCGCCCCAAAGAUAUCGUGCGGAAACUGGUUUCAGGAGAUUUAGACCUUGGUAUUGUUGGUCUUGACACACUUAGUGAAUAUGGACAGGGAAAUGAAGAUCUAAUUCUUGUUCAUGAUGCACUAGCAUAUGGAGAUUGUCGUUUAUCUCUUGCAAUUCCAAAGUAUGGGAUCUUUGAGAAAAUUAAUUCAGUGAAGGAACUUAUGGAAAUGCCUCAAUGGACUGCUGAGAAGCCUCUAAGAGUUGCUACUGGUUUCACAUAUCUGGGUCCUAAAUUUCUGAAAGAGAAUGGGCUUCGGCAUGUUGUGUUUUCAACUGCUGAUGGGGCACUGGAGGCAGCUCCUGCAAUGGGGAUAGCUGAUGCUAUUGUAGAUCUUGUUAGUAGCGGGACGACAUUGAAAGAGAACAAUCUCAAAGAAAUUGAAGGUGGAGUUCUCUUAGAAAGUCAGGCUGUCCUUGUUGCUAGUAAGAAGUCUUUACUCCAGCGUAAAGGUUUAUUGGACAUCACACAUGAGAUUCUUGAAAGAUUCGAGGCACAUUUAAGGGCACUUGGUCAAUUCACGGUAGUUGCCAACAUGAGAGGAAGCAGUGCAGAGGAAGUAGCUGAGCGAAUUCUGAGCCAACCAUCGCUAUCUGGUCUGCAGGGACCUACUGUAAGUCCAGUUUUCCGCAAAAGUGACAGCGGGGUAAAAGCUGAUUAUUAUGCCAUAGUCAUUUGUGUACCCAAAAAGUUACUCUACAAAUCCGUUCAGCAGCUGAGAGCGAUCGGAGGCAGUGGCGUUUUGGUGUCUCCUUUGACCUACAUUUUUGACGAAGAAACUCCAAGAUGGCGUCAACUUCUUUCGAAACUGGGGCUUUAAGGUAAUAUGCUUUGUACCCAUUACAACUAUUUAACACAUUUUUGUAAAAGCAGUUUGUAGAUUUGAAUUUUGGCAAAAACUAUGUCUUCCUUUGUCGCCUACUCAUAAAUGAUAAUCAAUGUUGUUUUAAGAUGC